CGAGCAAUCCAGGGAAACGGGCUUCGAAGGCUGGACCGAGCACCGUGUAUAAUUUCAUUUCUACCGGUUACAGCACGACAGGGUGGUGGUGGAUGAUAGAGGGGGGCAGAGGAGUCGAUAAAGUACGAUGAACGACGCCAGGAAAGAUGGAAAUAUAGCUGCAGACGGGAUCCGGGGACCCGGUGAGCUGCAAAUGGCCCCCUCUGUGAACCAUAGUCAGCAUGACAGCGGCACCGGCGACGAGCUGGUGAGCUCGGUGACAUUGUACAGGCGAAGGCCCCGGCUGCUACACGGCACCAUCCUCCCAUUCCUGGUCGUUUUCUACCCGUGCUGGUUGUACGUGUGGUUAGGAGUUUAUGGUGCUUCAGAGUAUCCGGAGGCAGGCCUCCUGGCGCUAGCCGUUAUCGGGAUCGCGCACGUCCUCACAGCUCUUUCUGGUUAUUGGUCCGUGCACGCGCACUGUUGGCUCACUUGUUCCAAGGAAGCAGACCCAAACAAGGCUACGCUGGCAAAGGUCAUACCCACCCCCAACAAUGGCUCUGCUGAACUCGUACCUUUACAGAGGGACCAGGAUGAGAAUGGGGAGGGAACCCUAUCUUUUGAGUUUCAAAAGAUUCGCUACAUCUUUGACCACCAAGAAAAGAAAUGUUUCCUUCCAAUAGCAUUUCCAAUCAAUCACCCAAUGGGCUACUUCCAGUCCUGGCGUGGUUACCAGGAAGAGGCUGAACUCAGACUGGCUGAAAAGAACUAUGGCACCAACCAUGCUGAGAUGGUAGUACCAGAUUUCCUGGAGCUCUUUAGAGAAAGGGCCACUGCUCCCUUUUUUGUUUUCCAGGUAUUCUGUGUUGGGCUGUGGUGUCUGGAUGAGUACUGGUACUACAGUGUUUUCACACUGUUCAUGCUGGUGGCGUUCGAGGCCUCCCUGGUUCAACAACAAAUGAGGAAUAUGUCUGAAAUUCGACGCAUGGGAAACAAGCCCUACAUGAUCCAGGUAUAUCGCAACAGGAAGUGGAGACCUAUUUCAAGUGAUGAGCUUGUUCCUGGUGACAUUGUCUCAAUAGGACGUUCACCCCAGGACAACUUGGUACCUUGUGAUGUACUGCUACUCAGGGGUCGCUGCAUUGUGGAUGAGGCCAUGCUGACUGGAGAAUCUGUGCCCCAGAUGAAGGAACCAAUUGAGGAUUUGGACCCAGAGCGAGUCCUGGACCUACAGACAGACUCUCGACUCCACAUCAUCUCUGGUGGGACAAAAGUGGUCCAACAUAGCCCUCCUUUAAAGGCUAGUGCUGGACUCAAACCUGUAGACAAUGGCUGUGUGGCCUAUGUCUUAAGAACAGGAUUCUACACCUCUCAGGGUAAACUAUUGCGUACCAUCCUCUUUGGUGUGAAGAGAGUGACAGCAAACAACCUGGAGACAUUCAUCUUCAUCCUCUUCCUUCUGGUUUUUGCCAUUGCUGCAGCAGUUUAUGUGUGGGUAGAAGGGACCAAGGAUCUCAGCAGGAAUCGCUACAAGCUUUUUCUGGAGUGCACGCUAAUCCUCACAUCAGUGGUUCCACCAGAACUCCCCAUAGAGCUUUCGCUGGCAGUUAACACAUCUCUUAUCGCUCUGGCCAAACUCUAUGUAUUCUGUACAGAGCCCUUCAGGAUACCAUUUGCAGGGAAAGUGGAGGUCUGCUGUUUUGACAAAACAGGAACACUGACCAGUGACAGUCUGGUCGUACGUGGGGUUGCAGGCCUUAGGGAAGGAAAGGAGGUGAUGCCUGUGUCUGAGAUCCCUGUUGAGACACAUCGGGUAGUGGCCACCUGUCACUCACUGGUUACACUGGAUGAUGGACAGCUGGUCGGAGAUCCACUGGAGAAAGCCAUGCUGACUGCCGCUGACUGGACCCUCACUAAAGAUGAAAAGGUUUUCCCCCGAGGCAUCAAAACCCAGGGCCUUAAGAUCCACCAGCGUUUCCACUUUGCCAGUGCUCUAAAGCGGAUGUCAGUUCUGGCAUCUUAUGAGAAAAUGGGCUCCAUUGACCUCUGCUACAUCUCCGCUGUCAAAGGAGCUCCAGAGACACUCAGAGGAAUGUUUGCAGUAUGUCCAGCGGGUUAUGACAAAGUCCACAGGGAAAUGUCUCGGGAAGGGGCCAGAGUGCUGGCCUUGGGAUAUAAAGAGAUAGGACAUCUCAGUCAUCAGCAGGUCCGUGAGAUAAGUCGUGAUGCACUGGAGUGCAACCUCCAUUUUGCUGGGUUCAUGGUUGUGUCCUGCCCCCUCAAGAGUGAUAGCAAGGCAGUCAUCAAAGAGAUCCAGGAGGCAUCUCAUCAUGUGGUGAUGAUCACAGGUGACAACCCUCUAACAGCGUGCCAUGUAGCAAGAGAGCUUCACUUCAUUCAAAAAGAACACACGCUGAUAUUACAACCAAGCCCCGAUCACAGUGAGUGGCAAUGGGAAUCCAUUGAUGGCAGCGUGCAUGUACCAGUGCCCCCCCCCUCCCUUUCUUCGUUCGUGCAUCAGUACGACUUGUGUGUAACAGGAGAGGGGCUGGCGAGACUGAGCUGUGACCCACGGCUAUUCCACACUCUCUUGCCUCACAUAGUAGUGUUUGCCCGUGUCAGUCCAAAACAAAAAGAGUUUGUGAUCACCAGUCUAAAGGGGCUUGGUUAUGUAACGCUGAUGUGUGGUGAUGGUACAAAUGAUGUUGGAGCUCUCAAACACGCCCACGUUGGUGUUGCUCUUUUGGCCAACGCCCCAGAACGCAUGCCCGAAAAAAGGAGACGGUGGAGAGAGAAGGAUGUGCCUACCAUAGAAUCCAGACCUUUACCACCUGUUACCUCAGGAGGAAAACUGAGCUCCAGGGCAGCCAGGCAGAGGGUGAUGGCACAGAGAGAAGAGCAGCUUGCAGCACAAAAGGAGAGAAUCAGUCAAGUCUUACGGGAAAUGGAAGAGGAUCAGGUACAAGUGGUGAAGCUGGGUGAUGCUUCCAUCGCAGCGCCUUUCACUUCCAAGCUCUCAUCCAUACAAUGCAUCUGCCAUGUAAUAAAGCAAGGUCGCUGCACUCUCGUGACAACACUCCAGAUGUUUAAAAUUCUGGCUCUCAAUGCCCUGGUACUGGCCUACAGCCAGUCUGUACUGUACCUCGAGGGAGUCAAGUUUAGUGAUUUCCAGGCAACCCUGCAGGGCCUACUGUUAGCUGGCUGCUUCCUCUUCAUUUCUAGAUCAAAGCCACUAAAAACAUUGUCACGGGAGCGACCGUUGCCAAACAUCUUCAAUCUUUAUACGGUGCUAACUGUGUUACUGCAGUUUGCCGUUCACUUUUGUAGUCUGGUAUAUCUUUACAAAGAGGCUCAGAGCAGAAGUCCACCCAGAGAGGAGCAGUUUGCAGAUCUGUACAAAGAAUUUGAACCCAGUCUAAUCAACAGCACUGUGUAUAUAAUGUCCAUGGCCAUGCAGAUGGCUACCUUUGCCAUUAACUACAAGGGUCACCCGUUCAUGGAGUCUCUCACUGAAAAUCGACCACUACUGUGGAGUAUAGCUCUGUCAGGUUUAGCAAUUGUGGGCCUUCUGUCUGGUUCCUCACCAGAAUUCAAUGAACAGUUUGCCCUUGUUGAUAUUCCAACGGAGUUCAAAAUGAUCAUUGCCCAGGUCCUGGUUGUAGACUUUGUUGCGGCUCUUCUGGUGGACCGUGUCCUGCAGUUCCUGUUGGGCAAAGGAGCUCUCAGGCUGCCUUCUUGAACUCAGUGCCAAUAGCUACUGCUGCCCUUACCAACCGAACUGUAAAGGGAGAGAAGACUUUGGAUGAAGAGGACAAUUAAAGCUGUUGUGACACAAACAUAACACUUGAGACGGUCAUGGCAAGCGGUACUGUGCUCUGUGUAUCCCUUCCUUUAUUCCACUCCACCCUUCUGUUACCAUCUGAGUUCCUGUGUUUAGAUUCUGUUUUCUUCAGAACUCCUCAGUUCUUCUAUAUUUCUCUCUUUCUCUUCAUCUGUCCUUUCCCCGCUGCUACAAAAGGCCAUGAAGACAGCAGUAUUGAGUGGAGUGCGAGACUGUGUGCCAGCCAGAGUGAAACACAGGCACACUAAUGGGCAUUCUCUGAGAGAAUUGCAGAAGUGUUUUUGAUUUUUUUUUGACCCUUUAUUUUGUAAAAAGUGAAAAACAUCUCUAACAGACUUAUAAAGACUUACAGAUACAAA